GUCAGGGAUGGCGGUCGCAGGUGAGAUUAAAGAUUAUGCUUCAGGAAAGACAUUUUCCAGAAAUGAAAAAUGGUGUUUGGAAAACUGGAAUUAAUAAGUGAUUGGACUGCAAUAAAAGAUGCAAUUGAAAGAAAGUACUAGUUGUGUAAGUGCAAGACGUCAGACUGUGUAUCCUAUAAAGUGUAAAGAUGAUGUUUCAUAUGAGGAAAGAAGAUGGUUUAUCUUCUGAAUUGUGUUUUGUACUAUUGUUUUUGUUGUAACUUGUAUAGUCCAAUAUGCAAAAUAAAAGUACCCAGAAAAUCAGACCAAAAAAGAUUAGUCGUGUCUAUGCUUCAAGGCCCAGGAGAUCAAGAUCCCAAGAAGAAGAAAAUAGUGAAAAGGACUCACAGCAUAAUGAUACCUGUGGUAAGGCUUCCUCUGGAAAUAAUAUAGACUUGCCAACCAGAAGUGUAGAUGCAGCUGUAACUAGCCUUACACAGUCCUUCUCAUUUGACCCAGAAGUAGGAAUUUCAAGCACAUCAGAAAAUGACCUCAACAGAACAGAUGAGAAUUUGUCUUCUGUAUUUAAUUUAUGCAAUGCAGAAUUUGCUCUCAGAGAAGAUGCAAGGAAUGUCACAUUGUCAGAGAAGAAUUCCAAGAAUGCUACUACACAAACAUUCCUGGCGAUUGUACAGUUGCCAGCUGAAGGUAAAAAUGAAACAGAAUCAAGUGAAGCAGUUUCAGAGAAUAACUUUGCUCCUAGCAGUUCAAAAGGAGAGCCACAGAAAACUGCUGAAUUCCCAGGUCAUAGUAAUAGUGGCUCAGAACCUGCAAUAGAUCCAUUGCAAAUAUCAGGAAACAUCAGGAAAUUGGUUUCUUCCAGUGACAAUGUUACAGACUACGUGCAGCGAGGAAGUAUACAUGCAGGAAGUGUUAAGAAUGUUGAUAAGUUAAAAAGACCUCAGUACCAAGUCUCAGGGUUUAUGGAAGAUCAUGCAGAGUUUGCAUCAGAUUGGCGAGAGGCAACUCAAAGACAAGGAGGAAGAUACACCCCAUCUGUGCUGGAGUCAACAGUGGAUGGAAGUGUUGUGAAAGGAGCACGGAGGCCAUAUGGAUCAAGAGUUACUCCUGCAGAACUUGACAGUUUUAUCGACAUGGCUAUCGAGAUUGGCAGCGAUGAGAAAGAUCCUCUUAUUACAUUAGAUGAGUGGGGCCUAAAGACAGAGCAACACAAAUACAAAUGUUCAGCAUGUGAGGCGGUGAGCAAGACGCGUUUGGAUAUUGAACAGCACAUUGCAGAUAUGCAGAAAGACCAUGAAGAAGCCGUAGUGGUGGUGCUGAUAGGCCCCGAGGCACGAGGAAGGAGCUGCCCCCUCUGCAAUGACAGAUUUCAGCGGAGUCAUUUGUUUAAGCAUAUUAGGGAAUCCCACAACACUUUCUUUCCCUUGCGCUGUGGAUACUGUGUAUUCAUGGGGCAGGAUCACAAUCAACUGCGUCAUCACAUUCGCAAGAAGCAUGGCACAUCCAAAUAUCGAAUCAUUGAUGUUUCCCGCAUCCUUGCUGAAAAUGAUGAAUCAGGUGAGAAAUCUUUGCUGGAAGAUGAGGACCAGAGUGACGAGGACAUCAGAGAAGACUCCGCACCCCAGGGAAAUAUGCUCUGCCCUCUCUGUGGGAAGGGGUUGAAGACUUUGCGGAAUUUGAAGAAGCACGUUGCUCAGCACAGCCGUCAGAAGCAACAGUGCAUGCUCUGCCCCUUCACUACUACUUUCCCAACACAAGUUCGCAGUCAUUUUCGACGCAAGCACCCAUCACAUUCUCCCAAGUGGCAAAAGGUCACAUUAGACAAAGGUGGCAGCGAUGCCCUAGUGGAAGAUGUUGGUCCAUACUUGCGUCUCAUCACUAGAAAGUAUGGAGUACGUCAGCCAAAGAAAGAGAAGAAAUGGAUGCGGCAAUAUAGGUGUCCUCACUGCGAUUACAUCUGCAGUUUUAAUUCCUCAUACAACCGUCACCUGCGUCUGCACAAAGGUGUCAAGCCAUAUAAGUGUGGGUAUUGUGAUUUCCAUGGUAGGGAAGCCUAUGUUGUCAGGAAGCACUGUUCAAAGGUGCACAAGGGUAAAGAGGUACUUGUUGAGAAUGACAAGAACUUCAAGGCUCCAUAUCGCUUUGAAUCAAGAUUGAAGAAAGAAAAUUAUGAGUGGACAUCAUGUCUAGGUAAUGAAGGACUGAAGAGCAAUGUCAGUCCGGAAAAUGAGUCCUGUCAACUUAAUAAUGGCAGUGACAAAGAGCUAGCAGGAUCAAGGAUUCUCAGCACCAGUGCAAUGGCCGCUCAAUCUGCUGUUGAUUGCUUGGAUGAAAAGGUGUUAAUGGCUGGUUCUUCGGCUUCAUUUGCUAAGAAAUUUGAAUGUUUGACAUUUAAGACCCUCAGUGUAGUGGCAGAAGAUCAGGUUAUGAACACUUUGCAUGUUCAGCAAGAACAAAGUCAAAUGAGAAGUAGUGAACUUGAGCAAAUGUCAGAGGCUGUUAUUUCUUCAUGUGGACCAAAUGUACCAUUAGUUUCACAAAGUGUGGAAUUAAAUUUAAAGAGAACUGCAAAUCUUAAAAGACAGAUGGAGAAAGUAGUCACAGAUGCACUGGGGUUUGAAGAGUCCAGUUCAAAGAAAAUGUUGAAUUAUGAUGUUGUUGCAAUCACAAAUUCAUCUCUUCAGACAGAGACCAACAGUGCUGUAUCCUCAAAUCCUGAAAUUUGUAAUUUCAGACCAAAUUUUGAACUUCAACCUGAAAAUCAAUCUGUUAAAGUAAAAACAUUCAAAGUCAAACAUGCACCCCAAAGCAAAUGUGUAAAUGUGAACGAAAUUUGGACAGAUGAUAAAAAAUUACCUAAUACAGAAUUAGAACCUGAGAUUGGUAACACAAAUGUAAAUAGAGUAGAGGCUAGUCUAGAUUCUAAAAUGUGUGAACCUUCAUUUUGUUCCAUUAGCUCCGUUUCAUUAGACUGUGAUGAUGGUAGUGAUAACACUGUUGUUAUUGAGUUAUGUGCAACCAGUAAUGAAAGUUUUACUGUUAAGGAAGUGCGAGGCUUUAAAAAGCGGGAAAAGCUAAGCCACAAGAAUUCUGAAGAGUCUGUUUCCUUAUAUGUAGAUACAAAAAGAAUGAAUAAAAUGCAUCAAUCUUUACCGGUACAGUCUGAAAAAGCAGUUGCAUCUCUCUCAAAAGACUUCAGUAUUAUUGAACCCACAACUUCAAAAAAAAAUGUAAACAAACUCAUUACAUCUGAAACUACCAAAAUUGGGAAUUCAGAGGCUAGUCCAUCUAAUGGCUUAGAGAACACACUUCACACUCACAUUGCCUUCCUCACAGACUCUCUUGUACAGCGCCUUAGCAGUCCAAUAUCAGCCACUCCAGGUGUCAUGACGAGAGACUUGCUUGGACUAGACUACAGCAAUAGUGACUACUUCAGCUCAGAGAAAGUACGACACAUGAUGAAGAAAAAGAGCGGAGGAAGAGUCAAGUGCAAUGUAUGCGGGGUAACUACGACUUAUCGGGCAUUCUACAAGCAUGCCAAAAAGCACUUUCACAUCAAGCCAUUCAAGUGUGGCUAUUGUUCAUACAGAUCAAUUGAGAAGAGCAAGAUCAGAGUGCACAAUACAUUUUGCCAUCCAAGUCGGCCUUGCAUCAUUCUGAAGUUGUCACCAGAAACUGCUGGGAUCACCACAGAUGGAACACAACAGACCUCUGGGAAGGUGGGCCAGCCUGUUGAGGGCAGACCUCCACACAGAACAAAUAGUGUAGAUGAUGAAACCUUCAUAACAUUUCCUGAUCCUGUAGGUUCUGUUAAAGACAGCAAUGCUACCAACAUUUGCAAUAAAAUAUCACCAUCCAAUAGCAAUUCUUGUGAGUCUCAAGUCUCCAUUAACAAAAAGGCAGCUGAUAAAAUAGUUGACCACCAUUCCCCAUCAACUACCUCAACUGUGGUGCCCAAUGUGUCUGCUGGGCCCUCAACAUUCCACUGUCCCAUUUGUUAUAAGCAACUGCAGUUCCACACACCAUCAAUAAGAAGGCACUUAUACAGUCAUUAUGGUUACAAACCUUACAAAUGUGGUUACUGUAACUUCACUGCCAUUGGCCAAAAUGAGAUCCGUGCACAUCAUGUCACUCAUGGCUUUACCACAGCGCCCAAGGUGGAGUCUUCUGGCAUAACUAUGCCCACUGGCCUCGCCUCUUACGUGAGUGAGCUUUUAGGGCAGCAGCGUGGGAGCCGGAAGCCGCAGAGGAAGAGAGGGCAGGUUGCUGAACACCAGCUGUUGGAUGAGACCUCAGAAAGUGAAAGAGAACCAACAGAGACCCAGCAGGAGCCAACUGACCUCAUGUGGACAGAGAUGGCCUCAAAGGAAGAGCUGGCAACCAUUUACUUUACACCCCAAGAGCAACCCCAGCAAGCUCUAGUUCCUACUCCUAAUAGUGAGCCACAGGAGGGUCUUGAUCUUCCUGUUGAAGCAGGGCCCCUGACACAGCCACUUGAGCCUGUGGAUCUAUAUUCUGAGGCAGCAUAUGCUGUACAGGUUCUUGAAUCUGGGCAGAAUCCAGGGCCUGGUACAAGUCCAACUCGACAACUUGAUGUUGGAGGUCAUUCAUAUUCACAGUUUGAUUCAGACCAAGUGUGUGUUGUUUAUCUGAUUGAUUAAGUGCGUAGCAAGAAUUAUGAAAGGAACUCCAUGUUAUCUAAGGUUCAACAGAUUGACAAAAUCUGUCUUUUGUAGCAGAUGAGCCAAGAAAUUGAAAAUGGAAAAGAAUGUGUUUGUAGAUGUGUUAAGCAAUGGGAAAAUUAUACUAUUAUAUGUUUCUUUUUCUUCGUUUAAAAAAAUUAUGUCGGUGAUUCUACAGGUAACCAUACACAUUCAGAAAAAUCUUUUAAAGUAUGGUUGAGUUUGCUCUUUUUUUUUUAAAUACCCAAAGGUUUCUGGAAUAUGAUUUCAUGACAAAAGAUUUUUACUCUUUUAAGAACUUUAGGGAAGUAAUGAAAUUGCUGCAUAUGUAGACACAUGCAUAAUAUUACAUGCAUUUGGUACUGCAUUUAUUGUUAUACAGCAUGUGUCCCUUUCUCACUAUUUCUUAUACUUUAAGUUAUCCUUUUGGAUUCCUUUUUACUCAUUCACUUCUGGUUGUUCUCAUUUUGUUUCACUUUUUUUCUUGAAUUACAUUACAUAUAGUAUGACAUCAGUUCGCAAUAUUCUUGUAUUAUCUCAUGUAGGUGUGGUACUUUAUCCUGAUUGCCUAUAUUGCAUACAGUCUCAGGAAAAAAGAAAUUGGCAACUCACUCCAGACCCAAGAAUACUUUGAUUCGCCGGGUCUCCUUUUUAUUCCAGUCAGCUGGCCCUUAAUACUUGUGUUGGCAUGUUUUGCCUUUUUAAAACCUAUAUGCAUUAGUAUUUUUUAUUAUUUUUUUCCUUCGGUCUUCCUUCCUUCUUUCUUCUUCCUUUUUUUUUCU